AUGACUGCUCAUGUGUCAAUGCCCCGGUUAAUACACAAGUGUCUCCAUUAUCGGCUGACCUUUGCUCGAACCCCAUUCUUGGUUAUGCAACGCCGGCCUACAAAUCACCAUUAUAUCCAAGCGCAUGCUGUAAGAGGGAAUUCAUCCAUUGCAACAGUUCAAAGCACCUCCGCGUCUGGAAAGAUGGCAGCGCAGAAGGAUGGUCCCAAGCCAAAGCCAAAACCGUCAAUCCCGAGGCCGAGUUCAAGUAUAGUACUAAUCUCACCUAAAAACGAAGUACUUUUGCUUCAUCGCGUCAAAACGUCCACGUCAUUUGCAUCGGCUCAUGUCUUCCCGGGGGGCAAUCUAUCUGAUCAAGAUGGAAAGUGCCCACCAGUAGAGGAUCCAAAAAGACAUGAUGAUGCCAUCUGGUAUAGGAAUGCCGCUCUCCGAGAGCUCUUCGAAGAGAGUGGCAUCCUCCUCGCUAAGGAUCAGAAAUCCGGGAAGAUGCUAGCAGUCCCGGAACGGAAAAGAGAAGAAGGCAGAAAGAAAAUCCAUCGCAAUGAAGUGACUUUCACCGAGUGGCUGAAGCAACAGGAUCCUGCCGCAGUCCCAGACACAGAGCAAUUGAUUCCGUUCACACGAUGGAUUACCCCUACAAAUGUGCCAAAGCGAUACUCUACCCAGAUGUAUUUGUACUUUUUGCCCUUGCCUUUUGAGUCAGACAAGUCGCUCCUCAGCGAACUUCCUGCCGAAGGAGAACGGGAGGAAAUCCAGAUCCCUACGAGUGACGGCGGUAUUGAAGUCACCGAAGCUAGGUUCCUACCUGCAUCUGAAUGGCUCCGGCUGGCAGGCAGUGGGGAAGUCAUUAUGUUCCCACCACAAAUUCUCUUAUUACAUCUGGUGUCACAGUUCCUAGAUCAAGCGCCUCAGACAGGCAAUUCUGUGGACGAGUUAAGAAGACGACGGGCAGGGCUGGCUGAUUUUGUCCAUACGGGCAAUCCCCCAUGGACAGAGAAGUGCAUAUCCCCCAAGAUGCUCAAAAUGUUGUCCGAUGGACGAACAGUUCUGGCAUUAGAUCAUCCUGGGCCAGAACUGAAAGGUACAGAUAGAAAGGGCGAGCCCGACAGGGUUGUACUGGUGAAGUUCGCAAAGGGAACAGCCCGGCAAGUGGAGGUGCGGUGGAAGAAAGACGUCUUCUCAGAGGAUACAGAGAGAAGCAGUUUAUGA